GGAAAGUCUUAGGCAGGUUGCCGAGUAGAUUCGCAUCAUCGUCAUCAUGUGGACGCAUCGACCCCAUCGCUACACGUGAGAGAAAACCGGCCGUCGUUUUAAUAUCCUUGUUUCGCUAAGUCAUUAUCGGCUUCGAGAGUUGCUGAGGUAUUUCUGAGACGUGUGCUUGUUGUCAUUCAAAAUGCAAAAUCGACUUUGUUUUGACCAGUGCAAAUUGUUAGCCUGCCGCGCUCCUUCGCGUGGGAACCAAAGAGCAUCGUCCAUUUAUUACACUAAAAAGGCCGUUACUCUUAAUUCGAUAAGGAAUAAGAAAUGAAUACCCACCCGCCUCUUGGUCCUAGGAGAGCAAAUGUGAGCAGGAGAAUUCUGAUGGUUACAAAAAUGGCUUCGCCCGGCUGGGCCGCGGCCUUUGGCGGCAUGUUGAUUGGCCUGCGAGCAGAGGGAACGACGUAGAAGUCCCUACUACAACGAGUCAUUCGUGAGGACACGCGGGCGUAGCAUAUAAGUAAUUAAGCAGCUGCAGCAGUGCCAGUCGUGGCGUCCCAACGGCGAGUCUCACGAGAGGCCUAUCCUUCGUGAUCGUCCGCUGUCAGGCGAAGUCUAGUACAAGGAUAGCCAUCACGCCGGAACGACGCGAAGAACAACAUUGGACCACUAGAGAAGCAGAAGAGUUCUACCGAAGAAUACAAGAAUUAUAAGUACUCAAAUACUACUAGAACAAUUGACUCCGAGCAGACAUCUCCGAGCUCAGAAAAUAGUACAAGAUGAAGCCGAGUUACAGUAACCGAUAUUUGGAGACGUCUAACUCAACGGCGUCUCUAAAAACGGUCAAACCAGACUGGUCCAAGUUGGAGGACCUUGACAAGUCUCAGGCAUCAGCAGGAAAGCCACCAAGAAUAAAGCCAGACUACUCUAGCGAAUCACUUAGGAGAGAUGGUAAGAAUAGACUCUGAUCUAGUUCUAGCAGGUUCUGUUGAUAUUGUACUAAAGCUUUCACGACCCAGGAGACCCACGGCACACAGCAAACCACCUGCAUGAAUUAAUAUUGCAAAAAUAGAUUCAACAGAUUGUCUAUCUCCACCGACAAGCGUGUGUCAUCCUCGACAUCCCUCCUCCAAAGGCCUCUUUAGGGUCCUUAAAGGCCUCUUAAGGGUUCUUUAUAGUGUUCACAUUAAAGGCGGCGGCCCUUUAGUGGUCACAUUAAAGGCGAAGAGUGCUCGGGGAUUUUUAAUAGUAUUUAAAUAGAGUAUUCAGAUUGUCUAUCUCCACCUAACCCUAAGUACAAACAUGCAUUAUCCUCGACAUCCCUCCUCUACUAGGUAUCAAAGCCGGGAUCGAAGUCACGACGAGGCCUGUGAAAAAACUGAAAGUAGAUGAUGUGCAAGGCGGAGUUGACGAGGCUCUCGAAAAAGUGGGGAUCAAAUAUAGGGAUCCUGCUUUUGAGUCUCAAAUUCUGCUACCGCUUUUUGCAUACGACGACAAGACAUUGGUCUUCCGGCACCCCGAAGAGUGGCAAGAAUGCUGCUUUCCACUCAAAGCACAUAGUCUGAGGCUGAAUUUUACGACAGGAAGUAGUGGUUGCAAGUUGUUCAACGUAAACUACACUCUUAAUUAAGGGGACGACAAUAGAUCCGAUCCAUUGUGGUCCCCAAUGUUCUAAGUACUAGCCCUACUUUUAUUUAUCACAGAAAUAGUGCUAUUGGGUUCCUUUUUCUUCUUGAAGCCAACUUAGACCCAGUGAUUAUAAACUUCGACAUAGUCACAGUCACUACUUUUUCUAACACCCCCUCCGGUUCAGGCAGCUACCAGCCAUGUGUAGUCGUCGAUUACGAUGCACAGGGGAAGAAGUUCUACCUUAACUGGAUGACGGAUUUGCAGACAGGAACGAGUUCCUCUAGUAGUAAGCCCCCAGAGGCGAAGCCAGUGGCCCAGGAGCCAUUGCACGUCUACUUCGAGUUAAGGGUUCUUGCCAAUAGUUGAUGACUACAUCUACUUUACAGGCAUGAUAUUUGUUUCCUGAUGAUUUAUUACAAGCAAAAAGGAAAAUAAACAAAAACCGUUGAAAUGCAGCACGGUAAGAACGGUAAGUAUGAAUGUCAAGAAUUGAAAAUGUCUAAUCGAAGGUGAGGAUUUAGACCUCUACUGCAAGCGAGUAAGCACUUGUCAUCAGAAGCGGAGAUAUGCGGAGAGUCUAUUGAAGUACAACUUCUGCAUAGACCAGAUGCCAGCGGAUAAAGUUAGCACAUGUCCACAACAUGUGCUGGAGUUAUGGCUUGAAAAUGUCAUUUAGAAUUUUUUUCAAUAGGAAUAGAAGAGUGAUCAUGAGCAAUUUCAAUAUUGAAAAACGAAAAUACCACCAUCGACAUGAUAUGAUUAGUGACGGCUUCAUUAUGAUCGAAGUGUGACCAGUCACUCAGACUUUUUUACUUUUGCUUUUCUUUAUAUUUAUAUAAGUUCCUAGGUAAACCUCAUUAUAUAAGUUUCUACUUUCGGCUCUGCCUCAACACUCCUUCCUCCUCUAAGGACACGGAUCGGAGACACCGCGUGCAAUACGAGUUACCUCAAAGAGGAUAGGCACGAGUUGGACUUGACGACAUUAGAAAAGGAGGUAUCAACAGACUAUAGUAGGGCGAUGAACAAGAUCAUCUUUGAUGACGUAGUCUCGCAGGAGAAGGAAAAGCACCUAUUGCUAGACCUAGAGCUUCCGCCACCACCGGAACCAGAACCAGUACCAAGAAAGGGGGUGAAGUUAAGUCUAGAAGAGGUUAGACAGUACAGUCAACAGUACAGUGAAGUUAGAAGAGGUGGUUAGACAGUAGUAGAGUCAACAGUACAGUGAAGUUAAGUCUAGUAGAAGAGGUUAGACAUCAGUACAGUGACAGUCAACAGUACAGUGAAGUCAAGUCUAGAAAAUGUUUAGAACUCAACAAAAGAGACUCAGGGAAGUCGUAGGUCCAAGCCGAACCGACUAACUACAUCCUCAGCCAGUGCGGUAGAUUUCCUUGGCGUAGCUUCUCAGCAGGGGCAUGUGGCCCAAACGUUUUUGUAGAAGUCUUGUAGCGUGCUGUUGUAAGUCUUGUACGACAUCGCCUAGUAAGUACUUCUACGUGAGUAUUGAUUCUUCUUCUACUUGAUGAUCUCUCGUCCUACCCUCUUCUAAUCCAAGACAUCGGCUGUGAGGGGUUCGACUUCCGGCAGUCUUUUUCCGUUUUUUGCAAGACCUCAUUGCGCAUCCGACCGGAAGUGGUAGCCUGUCUGUCAGACGUCCAGAAAGAGUGCCAGACCGUGCUCAACAGGUCUAUUUUUAGAGCGAAUUAUGCGGGAACCUACGACGCAAACUUAGUCAAGAGGUUGGAUGAAGUAGACAUCGUGCAUGCACCGCAGACACCGGAUGAGUUUUUGCGCGCAGAAUCCGCGCACAUAGACACCAUGGGCUAUCUGUCGCAGAAGUUUGUCCCAAAUGUCCGCGCACAUGUGUAUCGACACUUGAAUUUAAGGUGACUUCCCCCAAAAAUCCAUCUUCGAAAGCAUGCAUGAUCUCCAAGAGGCUUUUCAAGGGGAAAAGGCGCCUAGGAUGCGUCUCGAGCUGGAUUAAGGUGUUGAGCGCUAAUGAAUGCAGUAGAGCAGAAGUGGUUCAACUUGUACGAGACAGACCGAAACAAGUAUUUGGCUAGUCGGUUACGCUGUUUCUUAGAGGAAAUCGACCUGCGAAUCCAAGACACCAUCCACACUUUGGGUGUGAAGUCGUUGCACUUUUUCGACCGGCUAUUGGCACUCUACAUGCCGGACAAUGUGGUUGUGAAUUCGUUGCGGGACGUGAAAGUAGUACGAAGAAAACCCUUGCCGCCAACAGCCAUCGCCUUGAAGAAACCGGUAGUGCUGCUUCGGCUUCGUAUGGUGCUCACUUUUGAGAAGAAAGCAGCGGGUGCGGCAGCAGUAUCAGCUAGACCAGCAUCCAAGGAGCCUGGUGCGCCACGUAGGUCGUCCAAGUUUCGUAUGGCGGGAAUGAAAAUUUCAGUCACAGAAGCGUUGAAAAAAAGGACGUCGAAAUCUCAACUGGCGAACCGGCGGUCAUCAUAUCAGCUAGACGACGGCUCAGGACAACCAGCAGAAGAUCUGAAGCCCUAUAGCUACGACGUAAAGCCAGAAAGCAUUGCGAAUAUGCUAAUGCACCUAUUCGACAAAGGCGUUAAGCAGCUAGACGAUAUUAGCAGUAUCCAGCUUCUAGUACUGCCGCACUUGUUUGAGUCAGGCGAGGGGCUGCUGAAAAAGGGAUUCACUGCGAAUGACUCGUACUAGUUUUACUGAGAAGAUUAAUACUGAGUUGAUACGUUCACGAUACCUUGUGGUGCUUCUCCUAGAUGCUAGUCUUAGCGUGGCGCUUUCACGGCUCUAUAGUAUAAAUUUCAGUAUUUUUACAACACCCAGAAGUUUUCAACAACAAUUCCACCUGAUCCCCAAGCUCAACUACUACCAGGUGGGUGAAGAAGCUCCGACUGCAGAUCAAGGUGUGCAUGGAGAAGCACUUGCCUUGGCUAGAAAGCACCAUCGGCUUCUUCGAAGCCUUUAUGGAUACCAUUGAGGUCAGUCCGGAGAAGAAGAUUGAGGAACUAGAGACCAAGUUCAAGACCGAGGGUCCAGAUUCCAUACCGGUAGCAGAGGUCCAGAAACUGGUGGACCAGCAAAAGACAAAGCAGAAUCAUAUCUUAUGGCUUUUGCUGCACCCCCGUGUACUAUAGGGGAAUAGCCCCGUCCGUCGCCGGCAUCUUCGCGGAUAAACAUGCAAGCUCUUCCCUUUCGGAUAAGCAUGGCACUACAAAAAAAAAAAUACUUCAUCAUCUGCAUUGAAUAGAAGAAGCACUAACAAUUACUAAGUUGUACUAAAAAUACAUAGUACGACAAGAACAACUUCACGUUUGAUAACCUAGCUAUGUUAUAGUUUGUAGAUGAAGUUUCUGAAUACUUACCCUGCUUCAUCCUCUCACUCGUCUUAUACUUUUUUCCCUAUCAACAUCUUCUUCCUCUUCCACCCGCUCUAAUCCCCAACGAGUCCAUCCCAGACCACAUCGUCGUCGGCUUUUUCCAGAUCGACUGCGUUGACUUCAAAAAACAGCUGUGCGACAAAUUAGAGCGUUUGUCCAGGUUGUACCUGAAGUUCUUGGCGGACGUCAAGCUAGGCAUUCUACUGCAGUCAGCCACAGACCAGUUUGGGGAUAUGUUCAAGAAGCUGCGGGAACCGGUGCAUAACAUUGCGGAACUGUGCGAACAACAGGAUUACAUCGGUGGGUUGGAAGCGGAGGUGAAGAAACUCGAAGUCACGGUGAAGGAUAACAUCGCAUUGUGUGAACUGUUGGAGUUAUGGAAAAGGCCGCAUAAACAUAUCUUGUUGUAACUCUACUGCAUACAACGUGUACCAAGAUUCUUAAACUUUCUAUUUAUCAGAAGUUGUUGUUUGAGUCAUCAUUCUUGAAGAUCUUGAAUCAAUAUAUAAGGCCUUUUUUAACUUGAAGAUCACGAAGUCCAAGAGAAUUAACAGCUCACUCUCUGAUAGCCAUCUCUCCAUCUGAUCUCUCCUUUCAUACCCCACAAAAUACGGUUACAAGCUGACCCGCGACGUCUCUGACAAGCGCUGGCGCAUGUUCGGGUCUCCAGGUGACGUGCGGAAACUGAUGAACGAAGUUUCCGACAAGCUCGUGGUCCAACGUGAAGAGUUCUUGAUUACGGCUUUUCUUUAUCCAUCUUCUGAGGGGGCAUCCUGAAGAGGCUUUUGAAGGGGAAAAAGCAACUGGGAUGCGUCUCAAGAUGGAUCGAUAAGGGUGAGCUCUAACUUGAACGAGAACAUGAGUGAGCAACAGGCCUACGAGAAGUUGUUCGCGAAGUUGAAGACCGAAGUGGCAGAAUUUACCAAAUUCGAUUCCUUGGGCAUGGUUGACCAUGUGGCUGCGAAAACCCGAUGGAUCUCAGAGCAGUUCGAAAAAAGCUUGGUCGACACUAAGGAAUUCCAAGCGAGAGAAAUCCUGUUUGACCCGACGAAAGAACCGACAGAUUACAGUUCUCUAGGAGAACUAAUCAAACAAUUCGAACCCUACCAGAACCUGUGGAAGACAGCAGGAGAUUGGGUGGAAAACAGACGGGCUUGGAUGAACGGAAAUUUCAACGACAUAGACUCCAAAAAAGCGGAAGAAGAAGUUCUUAGCGGUAUUGCUUUUGUGCGAUUUUCUUUUUCAUCUACAGCUGCUCAUUGCAUUUUCUACUAGACGUACUUGACUCGACCUAGAGCUAGAGGUUGUAGAAGACGUAAGUAGUUUUUUUUUUCGUGACCAACCAAUCAACGAUUCAACUACUUCUUCUACUAGUACGUACAAGCACAACCUACCACCUCCAUGCUCCCCUUUGUCCAACAACUUCUACCUCCCUAAACCUCUCCAGGCAUCAAAUUGAUGUUCAAGACGGUGCGCAUGUUCCAGACUAUGGAGAGUAAGCAAAAGGAGGACAUGCAGGAAUGGAAUAUGGAACACCCUGACGAGGAAUUCCCAGAAGCCAUAUUAGAACUGUCGGGGAUCAUCUCCAUUGCGGAAGCAAUCAAGGGCGAGCUGGAGGAAUUCAAACCGAAUCUACCUCUGUUAAGGCUUCGCUUGCAAAUACUAGAUGAACAGGAUAAAUAAGUACACACAUUCUUUCAUUUUUUACUCUCUUUCAAACUAAGUCCUGCUUCUGAAAGAAUUGGAUACAUCUUUCAAACUCAAUCGAGUUGUAUGACCAUCUCGUCUAAUCCUUAUCGUCGGCUUAAGGAAUCCCGGUAUGCGUGAUAGACACUGGAAGCAGAUCAGUGAGAUGGCUAGCGAGACCACUGGACGGGAGGUUUCUGUGUCACCAGAAAUGGACGGAUUCACCCUAGAAAAGUUCCUAGGCUUAGGGUUGCAGUCCAUGAUCGAGGACAUUGAGUCCAUUGGAGACCGUGCUGGCAAAGAGUUCUCCUUGGAGAAAUCCUUGGCGGCGAUGAAAGCAGAUUGGGAACCAGUAGCGUUCGACUUAAGCGGGUUCUACAGGAACACAGGCACGUACAUCUUUUAAGGGUAGGCUAAAGUAGAUGUUCCUGCUGUUACCGUUUGUUUUGCUUAUCUUCCUGCGGGGACGAAAAUAAGGCAAAACAACCGGGAAACAAACAGAAACUACACCAAGUAAAACCUAGAAGUACCUCUAAAUCGUGAAAGGCGCCGAUGAGGCUUUGGCGUUAUUGGACGAACACAUCGUGAUGACGCAGGCGAUGCAAUUUUCGAUCUUCAAGAAGCCAUUUGAAGAGGAGAUAGAUGAAUGGGCGACGAAAUUGAUGCUAGUGUCCGAAACUCUGGACAUGUGGCUGAAAGUGCAGAGAAGUUGGAUGUAUCUACAGCCGAUUUUCGACUCGGAAGAUAUCAUGAAACAACUGCCGGCGGAGGGGAAGAGGUAAAUAAAACUAAAUUUAAUUUAUUUUAUGUCGAGAAGUAAGGAAACGAAGAAAGUAUUUGAUAGUUAUGGACGCCAACGUCGUGCAUCGAUCCUUUGUCUUUAACCUUCGUAACGAGUGACACAGACACACAUCACGCAACAACUAUCAAAUGAACAACCUUGUUAGGUUCAAGCAAGUCGACACGCAGUGGCGCCGCGCUAUGAACGCUGCGCAUGCGAAUCCAAAGGUGAUCGAAAUCUGUGCCGACGAAACCCUGCGUGACAUGUGGAUGCAGUCUAAUGUCAUGCUCGACAUGGUCCAAAAGGGCCUCGAGGACUACCUCGAGAUGAAACGAUCUUUGUUUGCGCGCUUCUAUUUCCUCUCGAACGACGAGUUGCUGGAGAUUUUGUCCCAGACAAAGGACCCGACACGGGUCCAGCCAUUUUUGUGCAAGGUCUUUGAGGCGAUGGGCAGCGUCAUUUUCACCGAAGACUUGGACAUCACUGCGAUGAACUCGACAGACGGCGAAACGGUGCCGUUUGUUGAUUAAGGCUACAGAAUAGUUAUCUUUCUAGUCUUCUUGUUCUUGACUCGUCGCCCCUGGUCCGUCUAAUCGGUACCAAUGGCAACGAAGGAGAAGAACGUGGAACAGUGGAUGACGGAGGUGGAGUGGAACAUGAAGGAGGCUGUGCGCGCGGCUAUGGAGGACGCCGUUUUGUCGUACCCAGAACGUGACAGAAAGGAUUGGGUUCUAGAACAUCCUGCACAAACUUAUGGUCAGCUUUUAUCCAUCACCAUCUAUCUCAGCGUCUUGGUACUCGUCUUGUUUUCCCAUAGACUUAUAGGCUAGGAAGAAGGGAGCAAGAUGAUCUUGGGGAGCCGAGGUGAAUUUUGGCACAUAAUUCUAACAGACAGUGUUGAACGGUUCUCAGGUGUACUGGACCGAUGAAACGGAGGAAUCAUUUCAGGACAACAGUGUGAAGCAACACUGUGAUAACUUGGCGAAGCAGAUUUUGGACUUGGUCGGCUUAGUGCGUGGUAACCUGACGAAGGCACAGAGAACUUCGAUAGGAGCGCUCGUGGUGCUGGAUGUGCACGCGAAAGACGUGGUGGAGAAGUAUGUAGAGGAGGGCGUCUGCGACGAAGAGGCCUUCGAGUGGAUCUCUCAGUUGCGUUACUACUGGGAGCAUAACGAGGACCAUCCAGGCUACGAGAGCAGUCAGAAUCGAUCGAACCUUUGGGUGAAGUGUGUCCAGACCGAAUUUCCCUACGGCUACGAGUACUUGGGGAACAGCUUCCGUUUGGUGAUCACACCACUGACCGAUAUGUGCUACAUCACCUUGAUGGGCGCGCAGAGUUUGAACUUGGGAGGCGCACCCGCGGGACCGGCCGGAACGGGUAAGACCGAAACAACCAAGGAUUUGGCGAAGGCUCUGGCGAAGCAGUGUGUGGUGUUCAAUUGUUCGCCAGAGAUGGACUACAUCAUGGUCGGUAAGUUCUUCAAGGGAUUGGCUUCCUGCGGCGCUUGGUGCUGCUUCGAUGAGUUCAACCGAAUCUACAUCGAGGUGCUCAGUGUGAUCGCGCAACAGCUUCUCAUUCUUUUCGGCGCGAAGUCUGAACUGGCGUCCUAUUCCGAUGCCAAAGAGCUAGAUUUCGAAGGCAGCAUGAUCAAAAUGUUCCCGACCUUCAACGUCUUCAUUACGAUGAAUCCUGGUUACGCUGGACGAACGGAGCUGCCCGAUAACCUUGCAGCGUUAUUCCGACCCAUGGCAAUGAUGGUGCCAGACUACGGUCUCAUCGCUGAGAUCAUGCUUUACGCCUUUGGUUUCGACGCUGCGCGUCUACUGGCGAGAAAGAUGGUUUACACGUUCAAAUUGUCAAGUGAACAGCUUUCUUCCCAAGACCACUACGAUUACGGAAUGCGUGCGGUGAAGACUAGUAUCGAGGCUUGCGGUUUGUUGAAGAAAACUUUUAGGGACAUGGAUGAAAGCCAGAUUGAGUUGCGCGCGUUGAGGGAUGUCAAUGUGCCGAAAUUCUUGAAGGACGAUUUGCCACUGUUCGAGAACAUCAUCUCGGAUUUGUUCCCAGACACACCACGACCCGUGGUCGACUACGGCGAUCUCUUCACGGAGCUGGAAAAAACUUGUAAAACGGUGUUUAACUUGCAACCGACGCCGUGGUUCAUCGAGAAGAUCAUUCAGUUAAUGGACACGAUCCGCGUUCGUCACGGAAUGAUGAUUGUGGGUCCCACGUGGGCAGGCAAGACGCAAAACUACCGCGUCUUAGCGCAUUCCUUGACGCAGUUAGCCCCAACCACGAAUGAGGACUACUUUAAAGUGACCAACAUCUACAUCAUCAACCCAAAGGCGAUUACGCAGACGCAAUUGUACGGUGCGUUCGACGAGGUCACGCACGAGUGGAGCGACGGAAUCGCGGCAGAAGAGGUUCGCAUUGCGGUGAAAGCGGGUAAAUCUGGAAGCGACGACAAUCAGUGGAUCAUGUUUGAUGGGCCAGUCGAUGCCCUCUGGAUCGAGUCCAUGAACACGGUGCUGGAUGACAACAAGAAGCUCUGUCUCACUUCCGGUGAGAUUAUUUCUCUCACGCCGUUCAUGCGCAUUCAGUUCGAAGUGGAAGAUUUGAGUGUGGCUUCGCCAGCAACCGUGAGUCGUUGCGGUAUGGUCUACAUGGAGCCUGUCGCGUUAGGCUCGAUGCCUCUAGUAGAGUCUAUGAAACCUCUCUUCCCGAAGUUGAUCCCAGAUCCGAUGCGGGACAAGUUUGUCAAACUUUUAGCCGCCUUCCACACGCCUUUGAUCCGCUGUAUCUACAAGAAAUGUGCUGAACCGUCUACCACGGAAACAAACCAAGUCGUUGCAGCGUUCUGUUAAGGCUACCACCUCCCAUCUAUCUAUGUCUAAGAGGAUCUUCGCCUCUCAAGCGUAUGGAACCAACGGGUACUAUUGUUCUUGAAGGGUAUCGGUUGUAUCCUAUGUAUAAUUUGGGGAUAGACCACGACUAAGGAAACGGAAAAUAUAUCCUAUUUGGGGACUUUCGAAAAAAUUUGAAAUAGUUUGUUCCUCUAAUUCUGGCGCCUCUUCGCAACUUUCUUGCAAGACUACGAGAUCACGGAGGCGCGCACACCAACCGACGCAGACAUUGAGGAUUUCGGAACCACUAUCUUCUCCAACGUGUUUGUCUUUUGCUGCGCCUGGGGUAUCGGUGGAAGCAUCACAGCCGCAACGAGACCAGCGUUUUCUUACGGCUCACUUAUUGAUCAUCCUAUAGGCAUGUAGACUAAGUACUUAUGACUAUAAAUAUUUUAUAUUGAGAAAAAAUUUGAAGUUAAAGUUAAGCAUUUGGUAUUUCUACAACUCUAUUCUCUAUUGAUUCGACGACAUGCUCGACAUGCUGGAUCAGCUCUAAUGCUUGGCGGACACGUGGGAGCUGAUCGAAAAACAUUCGGGAGAGUUGGAAGGCUUUAGCUUGAAAAAGGACACCUCCAUCUACGACAUGUGCUACGAUGUGGAAAAGAAAAAAUGGAUCAAGUGGGAUGACACUGUCCCUAAAUUUCAGGUACAAAUCUAUUUUUUUUAGACUAGAUUCAUUUGAUAUAAUAUUUUCAAAAGUAAUUUCAUCGUACUACAGUUUGAGUAAGUGCGAUGACACAGCUGUGGUACCCAAAUUUCAGGUAUUUCAUGACUUUUAACUACAGUUCUACUAACUUGUUUAUAUUGGAUUUGAAAAUACGUUGCAGCGAGUCUAGCAGAUCCGCUUAUGCUACAUCAGUCUACUUUCACGACUGUCUACUUUCCCCAAAAAAUGACUUACGACAGAUCCCUCCUCGAGCCGAGUAUGACAAGAUCGUGGUGCCGACUACAGACAGUAUCCGCAUGAUGUUUACCGCUUCUCGUUUAUUGGAGAACGACCGUCAUGUCUUGGUUCCAGGUAAUACGGGGACCGGAAAGUCAAUCUUGAUGGCACAGUAUCUGCAGAAGAAUGCCCCAGACUUUAUUCUGUUAAGGCUCAAAAUAGUUCUUCAUUUCAUCGUCCAACGGUCGUCAUUUUCUUCUGUCUCCUGCUUGGGAUUCCGAAGAAAUGGAGGGAAGAAAUGAAUCAUCUUUCUGUGCUCUAAUUCUGUCGGUCUUCAUCAAUUUCUCAGCGCAAACACACGUAAACCAAUUCCAAGACCUCCUCGAUUCGAAGAUGGAAAAACGACGACGAGGCGUGUACGGUCCGGCUGCAGGAAAGAAACUUGUGCUGUUCUUAUGGCUUUUUUUUUCGACAGACCGUCUAUAAUUAAAAAAAGAUUUUUUCGAUUUCUCAUCCUCUUCAUCAGUUUUGAAGAAGGUCUCAAGAACAGAAUCCAAAAGUACUUAUAAUAUAAAAUUUGUCUUAGUAGUACUUGCUCAUCUAUGCAAGAAGGACACGAAGACGAAAAGGCUCUAACUUCGGUCGACGAUUUGAACAUGCCGCAGAAGGAGUUCUACGGUGCGCAACCACCAAUCGAGCUUAUCCGCAUGUGGAUGGAUCACGGUGGUUGGUACAACCGCAAAGAGCUAGUCUUCCUACAGAUCAUCGAUAUUGUGUGGCUGUCCUGCAUGGGUCCCCCUGGUGGGGGUAAGACUGUCAUCACCAACCGCCUUCGUCGACACUACAACACUUUAGUGGCUGCGGAUUUGUCGGCUAGCUCGAUUGAAAUGAUCUUCAAGACGACACUGGGCUACUUUUUGCAGAACUUCGAAGGUGGAAUUCCAACUUUGAUAGACCCGUUGGUGAAAAGCAGUGUCAAGGUGUUUGACAUGGUCACGGAAACUCUACUGCCGACGCCAGCAAAAUGCCACUACGUUUUCAACCUGCGAGACACUUGGAAGGUCUUCCAAGGUGUCUGCAUGUUACACCCUAAAAAAGUGACGGAUCCGAUUUCAGUCAUAAAGUGCUGGAUUCACGAGAAUUUUCGGGUCUUCGCAGACAGGUUCAUCAACCAUGAAGACAAGAACUGGCUCAAAGAGCUGCUAUCUGGCAUGCUGCCAGAAAUCAAGGAUAACUAUGGAAGGAGGAUGGACUGUUAUUUGAUUACUGUUGUAUCUGGGAAGGUACUAACUGUUAAUAUUUGAUUACUAUCUUCUGGGAAGGUCAAGGUACUAGCAGCUAGAUGAGUACUACGAGUUGUUCGCUGUAGGAUAGAAAUUCCUCCAAUUGUCAUCUACUUAUUAAAUCUUUUCUUGUAUCCAGCACUUGCUUCUAUCCUCCUCGGUCCAUCACAUCUUCGCACGACCACAUCCUCUCCUCUCCAUAGCAAGAACACUAUAAUCCCCAUCUAACCUCAAGUAACCCCUGAGCAGAUCUUCGACAAGGAGCGUCUAGUUUUUGGCGAUUUCAUGAUUCCCGGCGCCGAUCCGCGGUUCUACGUGGAGAUUGCUGACAUGGAACAAAUGAAAACCGUCAUUGAGGGAUACUUGGACGACUACAACAACAUGGCGUCGUUGCAGAUGCCUCUAGUAAUGUUCACAGACGCAUGCGAACACGUUAGCAGGAUUACAAGGGUUUUAGUUAUGGAGAUCAUGGGUGAGGUUGUGAUCAGACCGCAAGGUAGUGAUCAGACCGUGAGGUCGUGAUCAGAUUCUGAACCUGGUGGAGAUCUAUCUUGUACGUAGUUAGUCUACUUGAUUAUUUGGUUCCCUCAGACUCUCGUGUCUGUGUCACUCAUUUGUACUUUUUCUAGUUCAACGCAUCGUGUGGGUUGUACAACUAGUAGGUAGGUUGUCCUGAAAAAGCACUCGUCUUCUAAGUGACGCAUGCCAAGCGGAAAUGCUCUACUUCUCGGAGUUGGUGGUAGUGGAAGGCAGAGUUUGACAAGGUUAGCUUCUUUUACCAGGGAUUUUCCAACAUUCCAGAUUGAGGUGGGCAAAGGAUAUGGUUGGAACGAGUUCAAAGAGGAUCUGCGAACUGUCCUUAAAAAGUGCGGUGUGCAGGACAAGGUACUUGCACUCUUUCCUAUGUUCCUGCGCCGGUGCUUGCUUCUUAUUUUCUGUAAAAAAUCUUCUUUCUUCUAUGACUUUGACUUCGUAUCUUCGUAUCCAUGGAUUUCCAUCCCGCCAAAAAUUCUUUCACUCCAGACCAACACGUUCCUGUUCUGCGACACGCAGAUUGUGAAGGAGCAAUUCGUGGAAGCUAUGUCGAACAUCCUGAAUAGUGCGGAUGUGCCAAACCUCUACCCAGCAGAGGAAAUGGACCAAAUUGUAGGUGCUUGCAAAGCCCUGGCUUCUCAAGCGGGUCUGCCACCCACCAAGACCAACAUCUUCAACUGCUACGUGGCGAGGGUGAAGAAAAACCUGCAUGUGGUCUUAGCCUUUUCACCACUCGGCGAUGCUUUUGCGAAGAGACUGUUGAUGUUUCCAGCGCUUGUGAACUGCUGCACCAUCGAUUGGUUCAUGGAGUGGCCUGCAGAAGCCUUGUACAACGUGGCCAAACAGCAAAUGGCUGGCGACGGCGCGGGGUCGGUGCAAUCCAAACUAGCUGGCGUCAGCAUGGAAGGCGUGCUGAAUACCUUCAAGGUGAUUCAUCAGUCUGUGGAGCAAUGCGCUUUGAGAUAUUUCGAGGAAGUAAAGCGAAAAUCGUACGUAACGCCAACUUCCUACUUGGAAUUGCUCAAUUCCUUCUCGAAAGUGUUGGACUUGAAGUCGCAGGAGGUGAACACGCUGAUCCAUCGUUUUCAGAGUUUAUGCAGCUGGACUGAUAAUCGUAGCUAGAUUGAUACUGAACUACUCGGAUAAUAUAUUUAUUUCUAGUUAGAAGGUAGCUUGCUCCACCACAAAAGAUAUAUCUGAACUCUCCGGGGAGAAAACCAAACGCGAACUAGAAUUACUUGAGUAGAAAUAGUGGUCGUCGAGGAGCCAUCCUGGUUGCAUCUCCCGUUCUUUCCCUCUCUAACCCCUGGUCUGGACAAGCUCGCUUCUGCGGAGGAACAGGUGGCAGUGAUGGAGAAGGAGUUGGUGGAAUUACAACCGAUCCUCGAGAAAACUUCUGUCGAAGUCGCUGAAAUGAUGGUCGUCAUUCAACGAGACAAGAAAGUGGCGGAAGAUUAAGGCAAGUGCCAGUGAUGUUUGGAAGUAGAGAGUCGUGGAUAUUUUUUGUUGGAGUUUUGCAUUGGACGAGUAGUACAGCAGUUUUUACUAAACUAACUAGCAUUUCUAAUCAACAAUAAGUACUGAAGAUUGUUUGCUGGUCUCCUUGUUAAACGCCGUCUAGUCCUGUCAUUAUUGUUAAACUAGCAGUUCUUGACAAGCCACCAGGAGGAAGAAAAACCAGCAAGCUCUAAUCCCCAACCAAAGAAGUCGUUGAUAAGCAGGCUGAGGCGGCGGAGGCACAGGCCGCUGAGGCUAAGGAGAUCAAGGACGACGCGCAGAAAGACUUGGACGAAGCGUUGCCGGCACUAGAUGCAGCAGUGAAAUGUCUCCAAUCUCUGAAGUUGUCGCACUUGCAGGAAGUGAAAGCCUUAGGUUCACCACCAGCAGGUGUGAAAUUGACGAUGGAAGCGAUGUGCAUCAUGUUCGAAUAUAAGCCGAAAAUGGUCGCCGAUCCGAGCGGCGCACCAGGGAAAAAAGUCCCGGAUUACUGGUAAGCAUAUGUUCUUUUGCUGGUACUACUUGGCAAGCACCAAUAGGACAAGAUCAUGUACAAGUGCUUCCUUUUGAUUGGAGAAGUGGUGCUUCCUCUCAAGGCUACUGACUACAAUUAAUAGAAGUUGUGAUGAUGAAGUUUAAUAUUUUUAGUGCGAGGUUCUUGUUCUCUCCUACUCAACAGGGACGUGGCCAAAACGGGGCUGCUUUCGGAUCCGAAGAAACUUCUGCAGGAUCUGUUCGAUUUUGACAAGGACAACAUCCCAGAAAAGGUUAUCAAGGGCAUUCAGGCUUACAUCGACAACGAGGGCUUCCAGCCUGAAGCCAUCAAAAAAGCUUCGGUUGCUUGCGAGGCUUUGUGCAUGUGGUGCCGAGCAAUGCACAAGUACCAUUUUGUGGCUUUAGCAGUGGAGCCAAAGCGAAUCAAACUUCGUGGAGCCGAAGAAAUCCUGUCGAAGACCAUGGGGGAACUGAAACAAGCUCAGGAUACUCUGCAAGGAAUCAUGGACAAGCUGAACGAAUUGGAGAGCAAUUACAAUGGCGCAGUGUCAAAACAGAAGCAAUUGUUAAGGCUGUACGUUGUAUUUGUAAUACAUCUUGUUUGGACGCAUGAUCUUGAUCCUUGUUGAAACGUAUGGAGGAGUAUCCUAAUCCCAAGGGAAUAGAUACAACUCUCCCAUAGUAAGUACUUUUCAAGGAUUCUGCACUCAAAAAAUUUGGAUUACGGACAGCUCUAAAAUUGAAAGAGGAUUCCGAUAUGUGUAUUGUCAAGUUGGAGCGUGCGAACAAGCUGAUUGGCGGAUUGGGUGGCGAGAAAACACGAUGGAUUCAGACAGUGGCAGAUUUGAGGAGCAAAUUGGAACUUCUGCCGGGUGAUUGCUUGAUGACGGCAGGUACUACAGCACAGAAUAGACUAAGUAUAAUACCUGAGGACUCUACUCAGUGCUUGUCCUACUUACUAGUCUUGUAGUUCCACCUCAUAAUAAUCGUUUGUGCCCCGUUUUUUCCACUCAUUCUCCGAUGGGUGGUCUGAUCAAUAAGUAUCAACGUUGAUGAAGAAGAUGAUAUUCUCGAAGAUGAACAAGAGACGACCACACCAGAUACCACCACAAGAAGUAUCUCCAACCUCUUUCUCCAACCUCCUUCUCAACAUCCAACCUCAGGUGCUCUCUCUUAUCUGGGUAUUUUCACUGGUGUUUACCGUGACCAAAUGACGGCGACCUGGUCCAAAGGGCUCGCGGAAUUGAAGAUUCCCAGAUCAGAGAAGUGCGGCAUCGUUGAUGUCCUAGGUGAGCCAGUGAAAAUCGAACAGUGGACAGUGUACGGCUUACCUAACGAUGAGCUCUCUGUUCAAAAUGCUAUCAUUAUCGACAAGUCGAGGCGAUGGCCUUUGAUGAUCGACCCACAACGACAGGCGAAUGCGUACAUCAAGCAGUACGGGAAGUUACGGCCAAUUAUAAAUGAAUGCUCCAGAACAAGAUGAUGAAAUGAAAUAGAAGUAAUUCACACACCCACUAGUAGUACAGCAGGCAGUAACUACCUAGAGGUGUGUUGACUAGCACUUACAUAGAACUAUGUCCAUGAAUUCAUCCAACCCUAAACCCUAAAAAACCCACAGCUCCUCUAAUCCCAAAGAUCAGCGAAGGAGGGUUCGAGGCGUGCAAGCUAUCGGAUCCUAACUUUUUGCGCGUUUUGGAGUUGGGGAUCCAAUUCGGGAAGUGGAUUCUACUCGAAAACGUUGGAGAAGAAUUAGACGCUGCACUGGAACCGAUCUUGAUUUAUGGAAGACCACAACUAGGUCUUAUCAUUGCAGUUGUUCUUGUUUCUUUUAGUCGAACAUCAAUAGUUGUGUUGAGAGUUACUAAAUCGUUUCUAUGAGACAUGAUUAUGAUUUCUUGUUCGUCUUCCUCGAUACACAGGAGCAAUCCUCCCCAAACGAAGCUAUCUAAUCCUAGCAACAGAAAGUGAAAGACGGCGGCAGCUACGUGAUCAAGCUUGGUGACAAGAAUGUUACCUACAUGGACAGCUUUCGCUUUUUUGUCACUACAAAUCUCUCCAAUCCGCAUUAUCCUCCAGAGGUGAGCGUCAAAGUGACAAUCUUGAACUUCGCCAUCACCCAAGACGGCCUGCAAGGUCAGAUGUUGGGAAUUGUCGUGGCCAAGGAAGCCCCGGAAUUGGAGGAAAAGAAGUCCGCAUUGGUCAAGGAUAGCGCAGACAUGAAAAAGCAGCUGAAGGAUAUCGAGGACGAAAUUCUUAGGCUGUUAGCUGCAUCCGGUGGCAACAUUCUGGAGGAUGAGACAUUGAUUAACACACUGGCGCAGUCGAAGCAAGCGGCGAAUGUGAUCAAUAAGAAAGUGGAAGAAGGAAAAAUCACAGAGAAGGAGAUCGACGUGGCGCGAAGUGGCUACAUACCUGUGGCGUUUCGAGCGAGUAUCUAUCAUUUUUUGCUUGUACUAGUUCUCCUUCUCGGAGUUCUUGUUGAUCUACCUAGAACAAAUGCUUUCAUCUUGUCUGCCCCGUCUUUAGUUUGCACUUCCACUCCUCCAACCCUAACCCUAAACCCUAACCCUCCAAUCGAUCAGGUAUCCUCUUCUUCUGCGUCGUCGAACUGAUCCAGAUUGAUCCGAUGUACCAGUUUUCUCUCCAGUGGUUCCAACUCCUCUUCGGCAUGAGUGUGGAGAACGCACCAGCAUGCAAGGUUUUCGAGGAAAGGCUGGAAGUCCUAAAGGAUUUUUUCACUUACAACUUAUGAAUGUUGGGUGAUGAUAUGAUGAUACUCUACUGAUACUCUACUUCUUGUUCAUCUUGUAGUCCUACUCAACUUCUUGUUCAUCUUGUCCAUCUCGUCUACUUACAUUCAUUCUCAUCUUCGUGUAGCUGACCACGUACAGAUUCUUGUUCCUCUAACUAUAAUAUUUUUCUAACACAGGAGACCACUAAGUUCUUUUCUCUGCUCUUUUCUCUGCUCAUCUGCUCAUCCACGACAGUCUCUACCUGUCCAUCUCGUCUACUUACAUUCAUUCCUCCUUUUUCUCUCUUUCUCCCUCUCUUUCUAAUUCCUCUCUACAACAACGUGUGCCGAGCUCUGUUUGAAAAACACAAGACUAUGUUCUCGUUGAGUCUCGCUUUACGAUUAUUGCAAGGGGAUGGUAAGAUGGACUUCACGGAGCUGAGGUUCCUGUUAACCGGACCAACGAUCAACGUCGAUGACGGAAUCGCUAAUCCAGACCCCUCGUGGAUAUCAGGCGUGAUGUGGAACGAAUUGCUUACCCUGGACCGACUGACGCCGGCUUUUGCAGGCUUAGCUGCGGACAUGGCAAAGGACCCAAAGGCGUGGAAAGUGCUCUACGACACGCCGGAAGCGCAUGAGGUGCCUCUGCCACAGGGUUGGGCUGAAAAGCUGAUCACGUUCCAGAAACUUCUGGUUCUUCGUGCUAUUCGACUCGACAAGUUGGUUCCCGCAAUUACGAACUUCAUCACGGAAGCGAUUGGCGGCAAGUUCGUCGAACCACCGACGUUCGACAUUGCCACGAGUUAUGGCGACAGUACGGCGUUUACGCCAUUGAUUUUCGUCUUGGUCACGGGUAGCGAUCCAGUAGGAGAGAUGCUUGCCUUCGCGGAAGAGUGCGGCAAAGCCAAUAUGUUGUCAUCGAUCUCAUUGGGUCAAGGACAAGGUCCAAAAGCAGCGAGGAUGAUCGAGGAAGCGAAGGGGAAAGGAGGGUACAACUGUGACUUUUGGUCGUUGAGUCGUGAUUAUGCUUUUAAAAUGAAGGAGUAGAGCAUCAAUCAUGCGCGAGGUGAAAGUUGACGUUCUUGACUACUCACUAAAAACUUGAUAAUUGUGUCGCUGUCGCUCUUCAUGAUUAUUUAGAUUUUUCACCCCGCUUUGAAUCUAAAACUUUUAAAAAUAUCACUACAGUUGGGUCCUCCUCCAGAAUUGCCACUUGGCAAUUUCCUGGAUGCCAGAGCUGGAACGCAUUUGCGAACAGCUGAAUCCUGAAGAAGUGAACCAAGACUAUCGAUUAUGGCUAACUUCAAUGCCUAGUCCGGCUUUCCCAGCAUUGUUGCUGCAGAACGGAGUGAAAAUGACCAACGAACCGCCAGCAGGCCUCAAGGCAAACUUGAUGUACACUUUCACAAGGCUUGACGACAAGACUUUGGACGACUGCAGGAGCCCAAGCGCGUUUAAGAAGGUACUACUACUACCUCUUUAAUGAACAAAGUUUAUGUUAUUUAUCGAGAGAAGAUCGAUCUCCAGACUACAACAAAACUGUGUUUCACAUUUUGUCAUACUUUCUAGGAGUUAGUCUCCAGACACACCCGAUCACAGGUACCAGCACCAGAGGUCACUACAACCAUUUCCACAUCCACAUCAGGUCAUGUUCGCAUAUGCCUAUUUCCAUGCUAUCGUGCAAGAGAGGAGAAAGUUUGGACCGAUCGGCUGGAACAUCCCUUACGGGUUCACAAAUGAGGAUUUAGCGACGUGCAGAAGGCAAGCCAAACACUUCUUGGAUAAGUACGAGGAAGUGCCGUAUAAGGUACUUACUCAACAAUACCUCAAGUUUUUUCUGCAGGUUCUCAACAACAACAGCUGCACUUCAAGAACAUUGAGUUGAACUUCAAGGUAGUUACGAUGGAAAAUCAUGGUUAGCAAGUGCUCGAGAUUAAAGCUUGUCCAAACUGUAGCUACCAUGCAUUCAACAUUCGUUUUUGUCACACUCACACUUCCUUCCGAUCCCAACCACAGGUGCUCAACUACCUUGGAGCGAAGAUUAACUACGGUGGACGAGUGACGGACGCGCAGGAUAAGAUUCUCGCUUCCGCGAUCCUAUCAAUCUACAUCUGCCCACCGCUUAUUGAGAAAGGUACUAUUGUGUCUUCUUUGUCCUCGUGGCGUAGACGUAGAAAAUACACCUGAACUGUUAUUUGGGAGAUUAUUAAGUAGGAUCAUGAGGAAAACGGUGAAAUUAUGGAAGCAAGUGAGUGCGAUGGCUGGAAUUUGUCUGUCGUUUUUGAAUAUUGUUGACCUUGAGCUUGAUAUCGAAUUCAUCAAUACAGGUGCCGGCUACAAAUUUUCCGAGAGUGGCAUCUACUACUGCCCGGACGCAACGUGCCAAGAGGAGUUCAUUUCCUACAUCAAAGGGCUCCCUCUAAUGCCCACACCCGAAGCCUUCGGUAUGCACGAGAACUGCAACAUCGCGUAUGCAGAAGACCAAGCGCAACUCUUACUCGGCAACAUUCUCUCCAUGGCGCCACGCAGUUCAGGCGGAAAGGGUGCUAGCAGGGAAGAGGUGAUUGACGGACUCACAGAGAAUUUGCUAUCACAGACACCUAAGCCUUUCGACAUGGAGUACCUGGAAGAGAGGUUCCCCACCAGCUACGAAGAGAGUACGAAUACUGUGAUUAAGCAGGAGAGUCUGAAGUACAACAGGUUGCUGCGAAUCAUGCUGAAGAUGCUGCCGCUGCUUCGACGAGCAUUGAAGGGACUGGUGGCAAUGAGCGAGGAUUUGUUUAUGGCUUUUUCUCGUCGCUCCUGCAUUAAAAGACUCUUGUUGAAUGAGCCCCUAGUUGUAACUACACCUUCCAUCUUCCAGACUCUCUAACAUCAAGUACUGGAAUAGUUAAGGCUUCCCCUAAUCCAUCUUCUGAAGCAUCGCAGACCUGUCCCACAAGGGGAAUAUAGGUCUAAGAUGAAUCUUGCGAUGGAUAAGGGUGAGCACUAAAAUAGAAUCCACUUCUGUAUUAGUCGUUUUUCAACCCCUGCUCUACAACUUCGACCACGUAGUAGUUUUAAUGAAUCCUUACACACCAGCCACUCUCCUACCUCUAAUCCUGUGAGCAUGAGCAACAGUAUUUACAUCAACGGCGUACCGGACAUGUUCUCCGCACCACCAGCAGGCAGCGUUGGCUUCUUGUCCUUGAUGCCUUUGAGUCAUUGGACCUCAGAUUUGAAGAAGCGAAUAUUAAGGCUUGUUAUUCCCGUGUAGAAGAAGACACUAUUACUACAUUACUGGUUGGCCUCGCAAGUAGACGCUAAUAGCUACACAAGAGGCCCCAUGACAUGACAUGUACGCUAAGAAGAAGUGCUGGGCCGACUAUGUAGAAGAAGUGCUGGGCCGACUAUGUAGAAGAAGUGCUGGGCCGACUAUGUAUGUACGCUGACUGGGGUCAUCCUUCCCCUUAAAUACAGUUGUCCAGGGGUGGAUCAUCUUAAGGGAAGGAGAAGAGGGAACAAAAGGGAACCCACUGACUCAACUACGGAUACUGAGGGACUACCUUUAAGAAUAGGCUUUAUCCAGAGUUGGAUUGAUUCGAGGAUUCCCGUUAUCCUGUGGCUGAGUGGUCUCUUCUUCCCGCAAGCCUAUUUUACGGGUUCACUGCAGAACUUCGCGAGAAAAACAAGGACGGCGAUUGAUAGGUAAUUAGUAUCUUCAGUUGUGAUUGGUCGUCGACCGUGUAGCUAGAUUAGAGAAUAUGAACCUUGUUUCUAUGUAUAGAAUAGGCGCGGGGACCGAGCACUUCUUUGAGGCACGCACAGGCUUCGGCCGCCUUAGAUGAGAAGACCUCCAGGGCAGUUGGGCGAGAGUAGGCGCCUAGAAUAAACGGAUCCUAAGCUAGAUGGCCGCACUUUUGUUGGUCCUAGUAUAUCUACCUCUUUCUUUUUUCUAAUUCUAUCUUUCUUAGGUAGGUUGGCCCUCCACCACAAAAAAUUUAUAUAAAUAUGAUUCCUUUAAUUAUGUUCUUGUUUAAAAAUUAAAUGACCACCGUGAGGUAAUCAAGGAAAAAGUGUCUCUCCCGAUGCGAUUGCCAUCCUUAACCUCCAGCCAUCUACUUCUAAACAUUUAAUAUCCUACACCAGGUGUUCGUUCGGUUUCGAGGUGAUCGACGACCGCGAGGUAUCCGACUUCAAAACACCAGCUUCAGAGGGUGUUUACACCUAUGGUAUCUACCUGGAAGGUGGUAGGUGGAACAAAGACGUGCAUGCGUUGGAUGAGAUUAAGACUUUUGCAAAUCCAUCUUCAGAAGGAGCAUCUUAGAGGACCUUGCUUUCCCGUAACUGAGGGGGCGAAAAGAGCAAGAGGUAGUUCAAGAUGACUCUGCUCAAGAUGGAUCAUACCGGAAAGAUCUAAUGAGAGCAUUCCGAAGCAGCUCUACUUUACGAUGCAUCCGAUCCACAUGAUCCCAAUGAUAGACCGCAAGAAACCAGAAGGUUGCUAUGAAUGCCCCUUGUACAAGACCCUGGCGCGACGCGGAACGCUGAGUACGACAGGUCAUAGUACCAACUUCGUCAUCAAUUUGACGUUGCGCAGUCGCGAGCAACCAGAGAAGUGGACCGUGAGUGGCUUGGCGGGAUUCUUGGCGCUGAAGGUUGUGAUCGACUAAGGGAGAGCGAGGUCGUCAUCGAUUCAGCAGCGAGAUAAAGUUGCUGUGAAGAUGUGAUCACGUACCUCAUCAUCGCCACUACGAGCGUGUAAAGUGUUCUCGUUUACAAUGUAAAGAAAUCACGAGAUUAUGGUGCAGAUAGAAGAAGACGCUUAUGUUGCCAUUGAUUUUUCGGUACCGAUACUUAUUCCUCAGACAGACAGUGACAGUACUUGUAGUGUAGUAAGAGUUAUCGUAGCUUCUAUGACAUGUUCAAAAAAGUCGUUUACUUUUAAUACUAAUCUGUAGUUGAUAGAAAGACACUCGUCGUAGCGGUUCUGAAAGAACUGCUCGUCGCUUGGGGUUCAAUUCCCAGCUCGUAGAAUAUCGUGAAAGAAACAUCCAGAUAGAAAAAGAGAGAACGAAUAAAGUCUACCUAGAACUAGUGUCCCUACUCAUUGACAAACUGACACCUAGUUUUUUCAACUUCCCUGCUGAAGAAAGAGCACAACUAUUUCGAGUUUAUCACUAAAAAGCAAAAGACUUUGAGUUUACCAUUCUUGUAGAAGAUUACUUAUCAAUUUUUAGUAUCAAUUUACCCGAUUGUAAUUGUUCCAGUUCCGGCGAUGAAGAUGUUUGUGUGACGAUUAAGACUAAGUCUAAGAACAGUCAUCAAUCACGAUGAAAAUUCAUUGACAGAGAUUUUGAUUUAAAUGAACCAUGUUGUACUCCAGAUUGAUAGGUACAAACAACUAUGAAGAGGAUCAUCAUCUGAAGAUGUUACUGAGUGGAAUGUUAUUGCAUAGGCUAUUAUCAUCGUCCUCCCCGUUUAUUUCGCAUUAGAGCUUGAUGACUUCGAAGACAGUAUACUACUAGCGAAGACUCACUGACAAAUAGAUAUUUUCGACUUCCUUGUAAAGAAUUUGUUGAAAGAACUUAAGAGUGAAAGUGGAAAGAAAAGGAACAAGAGGUGGGAGGUGCUUUUACCACUGCGCCGGGUAAGCUUAUCUUCCGCAAAAGCGCUGCCGCGGGGGGACGAGUCACUCCCUCUACUCAUGUGUAAACGAAUGAGCGCACCAGAGUGGAGGUAUGAAUCGCUGAGGAGAAAAUAAUUAAGCGACCAAAGAUAUUACGAGCGCUUUCUUUCGUUGAGCAU